AUGCUUGAAUUCAACGCGCACAAAAAGCUUUUCGCCGCGCUCCUCGCGCUCCCGAACAUGACUGCGGCCUUCUCAAGCACGAGCUUGCUUUUCCUCCCAGGCGCGCUAUGGAACAAAGACCAGCGGCUCGUAUCGCCAAUGGGACAGGACGCAACUGCAACAACGUGGGCCGUUACCUGCACGCCCAACCCCAUCGCAACAAGCACCUGUGAUAUCCCCUCUCCAUACCAGCUCUACACGAUAGGGCCAAGCACUAUGCAUGCGAGUAACACACUCGCGGCCCCGAAUUUUGACAUCACCUGCGCCCUCACACCCUCCCUCGUAGCCCUUUGCUCAGGGCAUGUCACAGGAAUCCCCUGGGCGACAGCCAUGAACGCCAACUUCCUCUUCUCCUAUGGCUACCGCGCCGUCACAAUCACAGACGCCUUCCCUGCCUCCACCUCAAUCAGCAUCUCUCCUACCACCCAUCUAACCACCACAGGUCUUUCUCCUUCCAAAACCAGCAUAAGUAUAACAGGACCAACGGGCAUCAACUCCGCGAUCUUGAAUUCGUAUGGCGGGACGACGGCGUCGACAGGGAGAGUAAGUGCAGGUGGUGGAUUGGGAGGGGAUCAGAGUGGCACUGGAGCUACAGUGACAAGCAAUACUAAGAAUGUGGCUGCGCCUAUGGUGACGUGUAUGAUUGGGGAGAUGGGUGUGAUGGCUGCGGUUGCGGUUGUGGGGGGUGCGAUUGGUUUUUAG